AGAGACGCACCGUCCCUGCAUGGGUCGUCACGGGGCGUGAGGAUCAUCUGCAAAGACGCUGCGGCGAUGUGGCAGUGCUGGCGGCGGGUGCGGGCGGCGGCGGAGGGGGCGUGGCAGUGGCGGUAGCCGCGGGGAGGCUGCGAGAGGCGGAGCGGCGGCGGCGGGGGCGGCAUGGACCACAGCGUGAAGGCGGCCAGCGACGCGCGCCGGCUCGCGCGCCUCCUCAACAGGCACCGCUUCGAGAAUGACGAGCUGGAGGCGCUCUACCGCCGCUACACCUUCAAGCUGCAGCACGCCAGCGUCGCGCAGUGCGUGGCGCUCUUCGCGCUGCUCGCGGGGGUGCUGGCGAACCUGGGCGGCGCGCACGCGCUGUCGCCGACGCCGCAGAACGUGUACCACGGCGCGCACUGCGUGCUGUUCGUGGGGCUGCUGGUGGUGCUGCGCUCGCGGCUGCUGCACGACGGCUACCUGCUGUGGCUGUGCUACGCCGUGCUCUUCUUCUGCGCCACCUUCUGCGCCGUCGCGCUGCCGCUGGGCGAGGAAGAUCGUACAUGUGGCGGUGGCGGCGUGAAGUCGGAGACGCGGCGCGUGGCGGCGGAGGGCGUGUGGCAGGUGGUGUUCGCCGUCUUCCUGGCGUACGCGAUGCUGCCGCUGCGCACCUGGGUGGCGGCGCUCUUCGGCGUCUCGCUGCCCGCCGUCCACAUGGCCGUCGCCGGAGCGCUCGCCCGCGAGCUCUUCCCCAACCUCGCCUGGCAGCAGCUGACGGCGAACAUGAUCGUGUUCCUGUGCGUGAACGUGGUGGGCAUCUUCAUGCACAACCUGAUGGAGCACGCGCAGCGCAAGGCAUUCCUGGACACGAGGAAUUGCAUCGCUGCCCGCCUCGAGAUGGAAGACGAGAACGAAAAGCUGGAGCGGCUGCUACUGUCGGUGCUGCCACAGCACGUCGCCAUGGAGAUGAAAGCGGACAUCAUCUCUCCAGUGGAGGGCCAGUUUCACAAGAUUUACAUCCAGAAGCACGAGAACGUCAGCAUCCUUUUCGCUGACAUCGUCGGGUUCACGGUGCUGGCCUCGCAAUGCACAGCGCAGGAGUUGGUACGGCUGCUGAACGAGCUGUUUGGCCGCUUCGAUCAACUCGCUAACGACAACCACUGUCUGAGGAUUAAGAUCCUCGGCGACUGUUACUAUUGUGUAUCUGGCCUGCCAGAGCCUCGGUCCGAUCAUGCCCAUUGCUGUGUUGAAAUGGGGCUCGAUAUGAUUGAUGCUAUUGCGUCUGUGGUGGAAGCAACAGAUGUCCAACUCAAUAUGAGGGUUGGCAUCCACUCAGGCCGUGUGUUGUGUGGUGUGCUGGGCCUGCGAAAGUGGCAGUAUGAUGUCUGGUCUAAUGAUGUCACACUUGCAAACCACAUGGAAGCUGGUGGAGAGCCUGGCCGUGUGCACAUAACGCAGGCUACAUUGGACUAUCUCGGUGGUGAGUACGAAGUUGAAGCAGGCCACGGUGGGACAAGGAACCAGUACCUUCGGGAUAACAGUGUCACCACGUACUUCAUUGUGCCACCUGCUAGGAGACGGAAGGUGCGAUCAGUCAUGGGAGCAGCCCAGAGACGGAAAUUGUCAUUCAAGAAUGUCUCCAGUGUAGUUGUACAACUGCUACACUCCAUUAAGUAUUCUAUGGAGGUUCCUUUCUCAAACAUUGCUGUGGCCCCAGGAGAUCACAAAGCCAAUGCUGCAAGGAAGGUGCUAGAUUUGCAGAGAGCUCUUCACGCUGACCCCUCCACAACCGGAGGUCGCCCUUUUGGGGGCACAGAAGCACUGGACCUUCGAGAUAUAGCCAGCAAGAACAAGGUAACAGAGAAGUUCAAAAGACCAUUCAAGAAACGGCAUUCUAGUGUGUAUCAUCAACCAUCAAAUCGUGUAAAUAAGUAUUUGGCACAAGCUAUUGAUGCACGGAGUGUUGACAGAGAAAAGUCAACCCAUGUCAACCUCGCAACAUUGUGCUUCAAAGAUAGGGAGAAAGAGAAUCAGUACCACGAAGAUGCAGAUGUGGGAUUCAGCAGUUCGCUAGCCUGCUCCUUGGUGCUGUUGCUGCUGCUGGGAGGUCUGCAGGCUGUAGUGCUGCCACAGACCAUCAUUCUGCUGCUGCUCUUCCUCACAGCAUUCGUGUGGGUUGCGGUUGUACUCAUGCUGUUACUUGCCGUGCGCCUUCGCUGGAUCCUCUGGGAUAUCUCGCAGAGCUUCACACUGCGUCUCGCCAUUACAGUCUUCACUAUUGUGUUGCUGUACACUGUUGCCCAAGUCAAUGUUUUUACCUGUCGUGCUGAUGCACUGCAGCCGUGUCGGCUUGGUGCAACCGCCAAUGUUACACUAGAUGGUGCUGGUGUAGGGCAAGAUCACAGAGCAUGCCCAUUGCCGCAGUACGUUGUUCUCUCAUGUACACUGGGGUAUCUUGCAGUUGCUGUUUUCCUGCGACUUCCAAUUCUCGUCAAGGGAAUACUUCUUGUUGCUAUGGCAACUGUUUAUAUUCUCCUCAUCGAAGUCUCCCAUCGCUCGCUAUUUGACUGCUAUGAUGAACGUGUUGGGUCAGUUGUCCCACAGCACGCUCUUGCUGUUGUCUACAUUCUAAUGUUCUUAUUAGCAGUUAUAAUUCAUGGUCGACAAGUAGAAUGGACGGCUCGACUUGAUUUCCUGUGGCAGAUACAGGCCAAUGAAGAGAAGAGGGAAAUGGAUGCCUUACAACACAGCAACAAAAGAAUAUUGUUCAACCUCUUGCCAGCUCAUGUUGCCACGCACUUCCUUGAUAACCAGUUCCGCAGCAACAUGAACACUCUUUCACAGGACCUCUACCACCAAAGUUACUCAAGAGUCGGAGUCGUGUUUGCAACUGUCACCAAUUACCAUGAAUUCUACACUGAACUGGAUGGCAACAAUCAGGGUGUGGAGUGCCUUCGACUGCUUAAUGAGAUAAUUGCAGACUUUGAUGAGCUUCUUGGAGAAGAGAGGUUCAAAGCUAUUGAUAAAAUUAAGACUGUUGGAUCCACAUACAUGGCUGCCGUUGGCUUGAUGCCUGAUUUGCGUAUCCUGGAUGACGAUGAUGAUGCAAGUGCGGGGUAUUAUCUCAGCACUUUAGUAGAAUUUGUGUUUGCUAUGCGUGAAAAAUUAGUGAACAUAAAUGAAAAUUCAUACAACAACUUCAUGUUGCGUGUUGGUAUCAAUAUUGGACCUGUGGUGGCAGGUGUAAUUGGUGCUCGGAAGCCACAGUAUGAUAUUUGGGGGAAUACAGUGAAUGUUGCGAGCCGCAUGGAUUCAACGGGCUUACCAAAUCACAUACAGGUAACUGAAGAAGUUUAUCAAGUACUGAAGAAUUACCCAUAUGAAUUCCAGUGUCGUGGUAAAGUAAAAGUGAAAGGUAAAGGUGAUAUGACAACCUACUUUCUGACAGACCGUAAGCAACCUGGAACAGUGAGAGUUGAUGAUCUCCCAAGCCUCAGAACUGGUCCUAGUUUGGGAAACAUGUAUGGUGGAGUAGCAACACCUCUAGCUCUUGUGCACCAGAUGCAUCAAGGAGGAUCAGGAGAUUCUGGCAGCCGAGCUGGGAAACCACCAAGUCACAGAGUCGGAGGCAAUGCCAGUGAAGGGUAUUCAAUGAGGAGUGCUCCACGUUUGCCACCCUUGCGAGAAUCAGGAUCUGGAUGUGGACCGGGAGCUGGUGGAGAAUGUGAACCCCUUCUUCCACCUUCUGCUGGAGCACCUCACAAGAUAGUGCCACGCCAAGGGAAGAAAUCUAGGAACAAUAAUUUGGAUGAUGAUAGCAAUUUGCCUCCACCUCCACUACCUCCCCAUAACAAAAAUUUCCAGCAGUCGGGCACGUCUUCCACAAAGGUUUCACAGCGGUCUGCAGAGGUUGCAAAAUAUGCUCCGCCAUGGCCACGUGGUGCAAGCGGUAAUGGUGAUGGAGGAAUUGUGGUACGCCAUGGACCUGUAACAAAUGGUUCUGGUGGAGUAAGUGGUGCAAUGGCGCGUGCAACAAAUCCACCACAUCCGACAAGGGACUUGAAUGGAGCUGAACUCAAGCCAUACUUAAAACCACUUCCUAAACCUCCAACGAAAGAUAUCUCUGCUGGCAGACAUCGGGGUCGUACUGUAAUUCCACCCCCACCACCUCCCCACCAUCAGUUUCGAUACAGAAUGGAAGAGCCAGCUGCAAGAACAAAAUUACGCAAUAAUCCGCUUCAGAGACAUUACUCAGAUGAAAGUUUACAGGGUGCCAGUUCCUUUGGUUUAUAUUUCUCGAGUCCCCAUCAGCAACAACAUCGCAUUCAUUCUUCAGCAGAUGAAAUAAGCUCACUGAACCAUUCCCCUAGCAUUAGUUCAUCAGAUGAAAGUUAUAGUCGAACUACAGAUGCUGAUGCUUCUCCUUCUCCAUCACCGCCUCUUCAUGCAGAAGUUUCUGUCCAGCAGUGGUUGUAUCCAUCAGACAUUCAAGUUGAUCCUUCUUCUUCCCUAGAGAAUUCCCCAAGAGCCUCAGUAGAUUAUAUACCUGGUCAGUGCUUCCUACCUAGUAGUUCUGCUGUUGUAGGUGGAAAUCAUAAUAAUAACCCUGUGUCUGGAAAGAUUCCUAGUGCUCCCCCACUACACGAUAUUCCUCUCACACAGAACCUCUCAUCCUCUCGCAGCUUCUCUCCAUCAAGUCACCAUCAAGGUAGCAAGUCCAGCAGGAAUAAUUCUUCAAAUAAUGGAGGGUCCUCCACCAGCAAGAGAGACUGGAGUCUGUCACCUGGUCGCCAUCGACUUGACAAUGGCAGCUCUACCAGUAACUCUAGAAGAAGUAAUAAAUCGUCUGUUGCAACCAAUACAGAUAAUCUUCCCCCCGCUACAUUGUUGGCUUUAGCUGCAACUACAAACACCAUGGAUUCAUCAGCCUGUUGCAGUCCCCUUCCAUCAGCAGCAGAUGGUCAAGAGUCAUACCGUGGUGACAGCUGUGGCAGUUUCGAGUACAUCGGACACCGUGGCCAGCGUUAUCCGGUGCGGGACAAAGUUGUGCCUCACAAUGUACUGCAGAGUUCUGGCAACAGUGGUCAGGCUGUCCGUAGUGCAGUGAAAAGUGUAAAACAAGUCCAUAGUUUAGACAAAAAGCUAAGUGCUUUGAGCAAUAGUAAAAGUGAUAGUGCAUCAGUGCAACGAGAUGAAAACUUUUUUUGUAAAAAUAUUGCAUCUCAUUUAAGACAGUCACCUAUUGUGGAGAACUCUGAUAUUAAGGAGUCCAUGACUGGUUUGACAGACGAUGUCGAUGAUGAUGAUGACGACAAUGUUUCACACAUCACAUCUGCCAGUGAAAAAUCAUCGAAAAAGGAUGGUUCUAGUCAAACUGACAGGAAGGAUGUGGGUCACAAAAUUGCUCGUCAUCAUAGUGCAUCUUCUGGAGGUGCUAAGAAAGGUGAUUCCCAUUCACCAAUAUCUUCAGUGCCUCCAAGCAGUGGGAAGUUCCCUUCAGUGCCUCCCAUUUCUAAGUACCAUCACAGUGGUGCGGACAUUGUUAAUAAGAUACCAAACUUUGAGCGUGAAAUUCAGAAGCUAUUAGAGGACCAAAAUCUUUUGAAGAAUAUACCUCCUAAACCAGAGAAAAGUCACCAAAAUAAAGAAAUAAUAUCACUAGAGGAGUUAAAGAAUGUCAAUCAGGUUUUAGCUGAAUUGGGCCAGUCAAGUUACCUGGAGAGGGAUGCCAUGGUUUUAGGAAGAAGUCAAAGCAAAGACACCAGUGAAUAUGAAAAUUUGGAAAGUGAUACUCAUGAUGAGGAUUGUAAGAAAGAAAGUGAUGUGUCCAGUUUUGAGAGAGAAGAAAAACGAAUAGCAGAGGAGGUUCAGCGGCAGCCACUGGACAUGGAACUGGAGGCAGAAGUAAAACGUAUCUUGGAAGUGAGUGCUGCCACCAGUGCUGGUGCAGGUGAAGCUAGUCAGUCAGAGUGGAGUGAAGAUGACGAUGAUGAAGGGGGUGCUGCCUCAGAGCCUCUUCUGGCAGACAGGGAAUCCACUGGGUAUACAACAGAUGACCCAGCACUUGAAAAUGUUUCAAUGCUCAAUGAAACAGGCCUUACUGAUGCAGAAGGAGCUCUAAGUGAUGUGAAUUCUGUUUUCAAUGACUUAGGUCAUGAUGCAGACAUGGAUGACAACACAAGCAUGUCAUCUCGCGCUUCUUCAAGAAUCUUUGAUUCUGAUGCUAUGAUGAGCUUGGAUUCACUCAGUGUACUGUACGAUUCAGAGUAUGACAAUUGCUACCGUACCGAUGAGGAUGUCAACACAGCUGAUACUGUACCUGAUCUUGAUAGAAUUGAUUACUUUUCAGCUGUCACGACAGACACAGAUAUAAAUUUGGCUAACAUAAGAUCUAUGUCAGAAAGCAUUACAAGAAAUUUUGGGCAGCCCAGGAGUGAAACAGACCCAGAUAGUGAUGUUUAGAGGUGUUAGCCAUAUCGGACAUCAGAUAAGUCUCCACAGCAUCUGUGCAGACGGUUUGUUAACUGCAUUUAUACAAAACACCAAAUAUUUGUUAAAUGUACAAAUGGGAAUAGCAGACCAAGAAGAUAUGCCUCACAUAAUAUUAAGGAAAGGAUCAGUGUGUAAAGUUAAAAACUGGAAAAAAAUAAAAAGCAAAAUACAACGUCAUGUGGAACAUUGUCAAUAUUAGCAGAUAGUAAAAUAAAAGUAGUCGAAAACACAAAUUGCAGCUGUUAACUCUAUUUUGCAUUCUUCAUUGCAUAAAAAUAUUCUGGGUGUUAUUCCAAAUUUUUUGCUGUGUCUAAUUUGUUUGGGAUUUAAAUAAUCUGUAGAAAGUAAUUUAUUGUUAAUUUUAAAGAAAAUACAUUUUAAUAAAUUCUUGUUGUUGUAUUUUCUGUGUGUGUAAAUAUUAGCAUUUCCGAACAUAUAGCAAUUUUUCUUACUGCCAAUGUAUAUUUUUGGUGUCUUUUUCACAUAUUUGUAUAUGUAGAUAUGUCUAUCCCAAUAAGUCUUUAGAUAUCUAGUGACUUAUUCAGGAUUGAAGCCUUCCAUUACCAUUUUACUUUUGGGCUGUAAUAUUUGUGUGUAUUUAAUGUAAAAACAGGUAGCUCACAUUCAAGUAAUUUAAUUCAGAGACCAUAGAGAAAAUACAAAAUAAAACCAUAUUUCGGCAGACUUGCUGACUUUAUUACUACGUUUCAACAACAACAGAAGUACUUUGGAUGGCCCUAAACAAAUAGUAAUCAAAAACUUAUUAAUUCCUUAGCAUUUAAAAUCUGUGCUAAUCUACAUUUUUUUGCUUAAUUGUUCUGAGCUAAUGAGUCUUUUUGUAUGUGUAACUGUUAUCAGAAGCACUAAUCAACAAUUCCAGUACAAAUUUUGUAUAUUAACAAUUAAAUGUGUAAAUUCUGUAGAAUACUAUGCACACAAUUUGGACUUUCGACUACUUUCACUAUGUUUCCUCUUGCCUGUGAAGACUGCUGGUGUGUACGUGAGAUGUGACAAUAAAGUGGUACUCUUGAAAUUACGAUGCAGACUGAAUAUUGUUUUAGAGUUUCAAGUGACUGUUUAUAAUAGGUACUUCAGGGGAAUAAAAUGGCCAGUUUUUU